GCAAACGGAUAUUACGCAAUGGGUUACGGUACGGAGAUGGAUGGCUGCGGCCGUUUUAUGAAGUACUCUUUAUUUAUUGCCAAUUUAAUUAUAUUUAUUGGAGGAUGCACCGUUGUUGGAAUAGUAAUUUGGGCAUUUGUCGAUAAAGUACCAUAUCUAAGUGCUCUCGUUGGUAAUGAUUUGUUAGCCGGAGUUGUCUACGUCCUUCUUGUUGGUGGAAUAUUAAUAAUUUUGUCGUCGUUCUUCGGGUGUGUUGGAGCCGCUCGUGAAGUAAAAUGCAUGCUUCUUACAUAUUUCAUAAUAGUAUUUCUGUUGUUUGUAAUAAUGCUGAUUGGAGGAGUCCUAGGAUACGUAUUCCGUAGCAAAGUUAUUGGUACAAUUGAACAGGAAAUGAGAAAUACAAUGCGUCUUUAUGACAAACAUGAUAUCCAUGAUGCUUGGGAUACAACUCAAAGAACAUUCCAUUGCUGUGGUGUUACUAACUAUCGUGAUUGGAAUACAUUUUAUCAACGUAUCCCGGCUUCAUGUUGCAAAGAAAUUGAACCUGGCAAGUAUUUCAACUGCAAUUAUUCGACAGACUCUAUAAAUCCAUCAAACACCUACCAAGAUGGAUGUUUAGAUAAAACGAGAAUGUAUAUCCAAAAGCAUGCUUCAAUUAUGGGUGCUGCUGGAAUAGCGAUCGCUGUUUUAAUGUUCUUUGGGAUGAUAUUCUCGUGUGCAUUAUUCAGGAUGAUAGGAUGA